GAUCAUUACAAUUGAUUAAUCGGAUUUACGAGUUAACAUUAAAAUGAUAAAUUAUGGAAAAGUUAAUUGUUCUUUCAUCUUUAUCAAUGGAAAUCAAGAAAAAGAAACAAAAUAUCAACGCUGAUUGUUACGUCUGAGUAACAAUUAAGAUAAUUUCUCUUCUUCCAUUGAUAUUAUUUUACAUUUUUCUAUAUUUAAAAUGAUUUGAAAAAAGUUUUCCAAAUAAUAUUUGAUAUGCUCUUUAAAACUAUUGAUAAAAUCGUUCUGAGAACAAGAGGUCUCAAGGAUCAGCGAUGAUCGAUUACCCUUGAUGUCGAAAAGGUGAUUGAGUUGAUUUCAGACGAAAAGAGAAUCUGAAAUUAGAGAUUAAUUAAUAAUCUUACCUGAGAUCGAAUGAAAAUUCUGAUGGAAAAUUGAAUUAUUAUUGAUGCGCCCGCCAAGAGAUUAUUAUUAAAUUUUAUCGUAUAAAUUUGAGCGAUUAAACCAUUGGAAUGAACCAACAAUUAACACCUACGAUGUUAAUCAAUAUUAAAUUGUUACGAUAAUAAUAUUAACCAUAUAAGAUGAGCAGUCGUUGUCUGAUUCAUCAACUGUACUUGAGCAUUAACAGGUAAGUUUACUGAUAAAAGAAUGAAAAAAUUGUGAUAAUAUUUCAAUUCCUCUUUGAGUCUGAUAUCAUUUAGGACAAAACUGAAUCAGUUAAUUGUCUCAGUAAACAUAGCAAUUAAACUUUUUUUGUUUCUCUGUUUCUUUUGCUGUUGAAUAUAAAUCAUCAUAAGAAAUUUACUUCAUCUAUAAAUUGUUGAAAUAAUUUCACUCGAAAGACAAAAUUAGUUAAUCAUCUUACUCACAUUACAAUCCUUUCAAAUUUGAUUGUUAUAACAUCUUAAUUGUAAUCACCAUGAGCCAAUCAGUAAUUAAUCAACACUCCUGUGUAUCCAUCUUGAUCACAAUCAUCUUAAUGACAAUCUCAAUGGUCACUACAACAACUUCAUACUCACCCUACAAACCAGUCGAAACUUUAAAUUCAUUUGAUUCUCCAAUCAAUUCAAUGUAUUUACCUUCAUCUUCACCUUCGGUUGAUCAUUUGCCUCUUUCUUUCCCACCAUCAGCUGAUUUCCUCUUAAUUCAAUCACCACCGAAAAGAUAUUCUGAAUUUCUUGGUGGACCAGGUAAAAGAGUCUCUGAAUUUUUGGGUGGACCCGGUAAACGAGAUCCAAGUUACGGGUCAUCCUCUUCAUCCAAUGAAUCGGGUAAAAGGUUACGAGCAACAACCGGCUAUUAUUUGGCUAAAAAAUUGUCCGAAAUUUUAUCCCGAAACUCAAAUGGCCCCGUUGUUGGACCUUAUCGACCUGGUGGAUCAGAGUUUCUCGGUGGACCAGGUAAACGAUGAUAACAAUCAGUUUAAUCAUAACAAUUAAACUCUUUCCAUCUAUCUAAUAAUAAUAAUAUUAACUUCUAACCUGUUAAUUGUUUGGCAAAAUCAAUCGAUCAAUUUUACCAAUCAAAUAACAAACAAUUUUCUUCCCUCAUUUAAUUACCAAAUAAAUAUAUUAAUUAGUUAGUAAACACUACAAUUAGAUCAAUGAAAACUUUUAAUUAGCUCAACUAUUAGGAGGAAAUAAACAACAAUCAAGUAAACAUCAUAACAAUUGAAAUUUCAACCAAAUAAUAAUCAUAAUUACAUAUGAAAACUUUUCAUACAAUAAUGAUAACAAUUAAAAAUUGAUCAACAGAAAAACAAAAGUAAGUAUUAAAAUGAAACGUUCAAACAAUUAACUAAUGUCUUGUUGCUGGUUGCGUAAAUUAAUUGUAUAUUUAUGAGAGAAAUGAUUAACUAAAUCAAAUAAAAAGACAAAUAUAAU